UGGUCGCGGCGAGCGCGUGCCGGGCGUACUGCUCAUGGACACUGUUUUUUUGCUCACGAACUCGACAAAAUAAAUGAACAGUGCAAUUUUUUUUAAUAAAAAAGUAUGAAUGAAUAAUUUAGAACAGGUAGUUUUGUGUGCACAGGAUCUUACUUAGAGUACAUGCCGGUUUUUUCGUACUGAAAACUAGGUAAUGCAUUUUAUUACCGAAUAAUAUUCAGUGUAAAGUUUUGUAGAGCAGUGCUUUCAGUGGCUGUGUGGAUGCUUGUUGUCUCUGUCGUAUGAAAGCGAAAGGAAGCUCGCUAGGGGGAGUUGUUUUGUUUCCGUACUUUUCUUUGCGACAAAUUUUGUAGAGCGAACUGCGAAAACAAAAUCGCUUCGAUAUCUUGUGCAUACAAGAAUAUUUUAAGUGUAGAGCAAACAGCGCGCCGCCCACGUCGCCCGAUAUCAGCAUCCCGUCCCGCAGAGAAAUUAAUCUGGAACACGGUAACAGGAAGCAUCCCGAUAAAGUGCUCUGUGCUGUAGCUCUGGAUGAGCAAACCACGCAACGUUCAAACCAGCAUACUAAGAUGAACUGACCCAUUAAACUAACAAACAAAACAGUGAUGUGCCAUAGUGUAGACUAUAAGCGAGAGACUAUAAAAUAAAGAACUAGUAACGAUGGGGAGCAAACGAGAAACAAACGAUUCGAAAACGAACAUGCAUUUAAAAAGCGAUAGGGAAACUUGUGGUAAUCAUUCCAGUGAUGUAGAUGUAAAUUCGACUGAUUUAGUAAGUAGCAAAUAUGGAUGCCAAAUCGAAACUCGGUGCUGUUUAAUCGCGCGCGAGUUGCACGAGGAAGACGAAUAUGGGAAAGGAUCGAUUAGGAGGAGGGUGGACGGUUAUGGUGGUGCAAGGCGCGCCGCUGAUUUGAAAUUUAAAUGUGUGCGGGAUACGGAGGAGUGUACGGAUGCAUUCGGCAGGACAAUGGGUGUGCACGUGCGUGCGGUGGCCGUGGUAGGCCUCGUGCUCAUGUUGCUGACGACGACCGCAGCUGCGCCGGCGCGGUCUAGACCCUCACGAAGUACGCAUUCAGAGAAAGCUACGAGAAGUUACCUCGAAAUGUUUGGGUAUCUAAAGAAAGAAAAACCUGAAGUGGGAAACUUGCUGAUGGAAGAUGUAGAACAAUCAUAUGAAGAUGACUUCAGGAUUGCCAUCAAAACAUUACAAGAAUUUGGUGGUAUCCCAGUAACGGGUGUAGUAGACCAUGCUACCAAAGAACUAAUGAAGAAGAAAAGAUGCGGAAGACCAGACCGAGAGCCUGGACACGAUGAAAACAGUAGAAGACGGAAGCGGUUUGCUGUGCAAGGGGAAAAAUGGAAACACACAAAUUUAACAUGGAGCUUGUCUCAGUCUCGCCGGCCAUCGCAACUCGACUCGCACGGCACAAGGAGCGUGCUCGCACGCGCGCUCGACGUUUGGCAACAAGCAUCCAGACUCACCUUCACGGAGGUUAACUCGGAUGAUGCUGACAUAGUCGUGUCCUUUUCCAAACGUUACCACGAUGAUCCGUAUCCUUUCGACGGACGCGGUUCGAUUCUUGCGCACGCGUUUUUCCCGGGCACGGGACGUGGCGGCGACGCACACUUCGAUGACGACGAACUGUGGCUUCUACAUCCAAAUAACGAGGAUGAGGAUGGGACAUCGCUGUUCGCCGUUGCCGCUCAUGAAUUUGGCCACUCGCUCGGCCUGAGCCAUAGCUCAGUGAAGGGUGCUCUUAUGUACCCGUGGUACCAGGGAAUACAACCCAAUUUCGUUCUACCGGAUGAUGACAGGAAUGGCAUCCAACAAAUGUAUGGUCCUAAAUACAAAAGAACAUGGGAGAAGAUUCCGUACUACAAGCCCGUAGAAACUCCACCACCUACCACUACAACUACGACGACUACCACGACGACUACAAGACGACCUUACAUUUAUCAACACCACCCAGAACGACAUCGACCGUACACGCCGAGCAGAUAUCCCACUAUCUACCCCGAGAGGCCGAGUCAUCCAGACAGGCCUCAUUACCCAAAUUACCCCGACAGAAGUCCAUAUUACCCUGAUCGUCGUCAUUACACCACAACCGAAGAGCAUCCAAGACGCACCAACCACCAUUAUCCGAGACCUACGGAAACCACAACGCAUGCGACAUAUCGUCCGCGAUACCCUCAUGUUCGACCCGAAUACCCCACACAUCCUCGUCAAAAUUACCCAACAGAUCCUGGUCAGGACUAUCCAAAGAGAAAACCAUAUUAUCCUGUGAAGACAACGACAAUGAAACCUACCCCGCCUCCAGACAAACCCGACACUUGUGACACUUCUUACGAUGCUGUUACCCUCAUACGUGGAGAACUAUUUGUUUUUAAAAAUAGAUAUCACUGGAGGAUAGGUGCAAACGGUCGUUACUCCGGAUACCCGAUUGAGAUUUCAAGGAUGUGGUCAGAGCUGCCAAAAAAUCUCACUCAUGUUGACGCGGUUUAUGAAAGACCAGACCGUAAAAUUGCUUUCUUCAUCGGCAAGCAGUUGUACUUGUUUGAUUCACAAUAUUUACUACCGGGGUAUCCCAAAAACUUGGUUCAGCUUGGUUUACCCGAACAUCUGGAAAAAUUGGAUGCUGCAAUGGUUUGGGGACACAAUGGCAAAACAUACUUCUACAGUGGCACUAUGUAUUGGAAAUUCGAUGAAGAAGUGGGACGCGUUGAGCUGGACUACCCUCGCGAUAUGGCAAUGUGGAAAGGAGUCGGUUACAAUAUUGAUAGUGUAUUCCAAUGGAAAGAUGGUAAGACCUAUUUCUUCAAGGGAAAAGGCUUUUGGAAAUUUAACGACCUACACAUGCGCGUCGAACACGAGAGACAACUGCCCUCUGCACAGUUCUGGAUGUCGUGUCCAGCAGAGCGUGCUGGUCGCCGCGCGCCCUUCCGCGCGCCGCCCGCCCCCGGCUCAACACUUCGCUCCCCGAGUUCUGCAAACGCUAACGAAAAACACUUCUCGCUCAUUGCGUCCUUAGUGCUUUUGAUAUUCAUGCGGUAUAUUCUUUAGUAAAAUAAAGAAAUUAAAAUAAAGACUAGAGUGUGUGCCACUAUCAAUUAUUGUUUUUCAAUAUAUUUGCUCGUAAAGCCCCAAUUUCAUGAUCGCACUAGUGCGGCAAUAUUAAGAAUUACCGUUAAACAGAUCAGCUAUUUUUUGGCAGUCAAAUAGAGGUGUUUUAAAGUGUAGUUAAUGUCAUAGAUUAAAAGUUCUAUUUUUCUUUACAUGAUAUGAUGAUGAAGAUAAAAACCUUCGCCGACUCAUUUUCAAAAAAGCCCGCUAAUAUUGAAAAAAAAAAUCACUAGCUUAUUCUUUUAAAGUAGCGCAAAUAAGUAUUUUAAACAGAAAUUAUCUUUGGCAUCUGAUGAGGAAUCGUUAACCAAAUGAACGCCACCUGAUGUAUUAAAGUUAGCAGAAAAUGCAAAUGAAAACAAUUUGCCUGAUAAAUCAGUUGCAGUUGUUUCAUUGUUUUUACUCCGAAAUGUAUUGAAAACAUUGUAUGAUGCACGUGUGCAUUGAUAAUAAAAAUAAUUAAACUCUUUGCGCUAUUGAAAGCCCUCGCCUGCGGCUCGAGUAAGAAGCUUUGCCCCUUGACUGUAAUUGUCAACAUACUGCACUUGCAACAUAAAUAACUAUAGUUACUUCAAAACAGAGAUUAUACAAAAUUAUGGUAUGUCUAGGGUACGCAUUAAAUAUGUUUGAAUCAACAAGUACAUAUCGAUUCUGUCUGACAUAAGACUUAGUAUUUUAAGUAAAUAAAUAAAUUGCGCAAACUUUGCACUGCCUGUUUUAGUAUUUAAAUUAUUAAAUUAAACUUCUUAUUAAGUAAUAUAAAGUAUCUUUAACUAUUAGCAUAAUAUUAUAAAUGAGGCAUUUUGAUUUUAAUUUUUAAUGUUGUAUGUACAUUUUGAUCUCAAUGUGAUCGAGUUCUUGUUUUUUUUAUUGUAAGGUACAUAACACCAUUUGUUUAGCUUCUGUACAGAAUGUAUUGUCUUGAUGUCAGUAUUUUCAUAACAUAAAUAUAAAUUACAUAUUUUCUUAUAUGAAUUAAUAGCUAUGUGUGUAGUUCUAAAAUAUCUAUAUCUUUCUAAAUUCAUUAUGUUAAUCGAAGAUAUAAUACAUUCUUUAUGUAUAACAUUAAAAUAACUGUUUACCUUUAGCAAAAAAAAAUGCAUUAUCUCCACAAAAGUAUGCCUUAAUAGAAAUACAAUUUUAAUCUGUGUAAAAUAUUUAUAUACCUAAUUAGUAAUUAUAUUUUAAGUAAAAUCAAAAGCUAAUUUACUAAAAAUAUUAUUUACUUAUUACAAAAUUUAUAUAAAAUAUUACAAUUAUUACUAAGCUGGUUAGAGGUUCACAUAUUCUGUAACUUGUAAAUUGUAGUAGUAAACUACUCAUGUCUAAUUAUUAUAAAAAUAAUCCUAAAGACAAACUAUUUAGUUAAAAUAAUACCUGUCUGUCUAUAAAUAUUAUAUUUAACUAAUAAUAAAUAAUUAAAGUUAUGAGAAUAGGUCUUAAUACUAGCUAAUGCCCUGCAUGCAUUUGAAUACCUCUUGUUUGAAUGUGUCGCGCGCCAACUAAUACAUUAAUGGCACUAUGUGACAAACCUACACGGAAGUGCCGUCAACAACUGUACAAAGUUUUAACUCAAUCGGAUGAACGAUGCGCGUAACGAACAGACAGACAGCCAAACAAACAUUAUUUUUGUAUUUAAGAAGAUAAUAUAGUUGUUUUUUCUAUGGUAAUGUGGGCUCAUAUUCUUUAUUCUGAAUAAGCUAAGCAGUGAAUACUGAAUACUAUAAUGAAAGAUAAGUCUUUACUUUUCAUUUGACAUGUUUUUGGAAUUUUGUCCAUACAGCAAAUGCCAAAAAACAAACAAUAUUUUAGAAAAGUUCAGCACUAAGAGAUUAUAGAUUGCCAUAGAACAUUCAUUAUUCCAUUGAAUAUCUAAUCAAUGGAGUGCAGUAUUUCAGCCACAGAAUUUUUGAAAAUAUUAUAUGUCCUAUAUUGCUAUGUGUAUUUAAAUAAGGAUGCAUAUUGUAUAUACAUAUUAUGUAUUGUUUAAUGUUAUCAAAGUUGUGCAUUCAGUAAAUCCUAUUAUAAAUUGUACUGAUAAGUUAUAUUAAAUCUGAUUGAGUUGCUAAAGUAUGAGUGAAUCAAACAGGAGCUCUCCAGAAUGAAAAUGGUGCUUUUGAUAGUUAGUUAUUGUACAGAAUAAAUUCAUACAUAAGUAUUUUUGUAUGCUAUUAACUGUAAGUAAUGUAUGAAUAUUGAAUAUCCAUAGCUAUUGUUAUUCAAAGAAAAUAAAAUAUUAUUCAUCAAAAACUAUACUACAUACCUAUAUAGUAUAUACAUAAUAUUGUGCAAUCAGAAAAUUAAACCUAAAUGUUAAGCUUUAUUAAUAAAUAUAAGUGAAUAUGGUGAACACAUAUUUUAGAUCAUUUUUUGUACCUCUCAAGUCAUAUUAUUAUAGACUUCAGUAGUUUUUACAACUUUGGUCACAAAUAAUUUAAUAAUAACUGUGAUAUUUAAUUUUAUUAAAAAAAUGCCAUUGGCAAUAAAAAUAAUUCAAAAUUUGUAAUCUUAAAAAUGCUACUCAACAUAUUGUAACUAAUUAAUGCAGUCUAAAUAUUUUGUAGUUAAACAAUAAACAUGUUUAAUACAUAAGAUGAAAAUAAAGAAUUUUCUAUGAG